AUGCCGUCACUUGCCGUGAUGGCAGCAGCCGGCAAAACUUCCGCCCCCCAGCAUUCCAUUAGCGUCAUGACGUACAAUAUUCUGGCGCAAAAGUAUGCACAAAGCGGAUGGCACAACUACUGCCGAUCCCGCUACCUCAACUGGAAGUACAGAAAAGCGUUACUGCUGCAGGAGCUAGAGACGUACGACAGUGACAUCAUCUGCCUUCAGGCGAGUGAUGACGUGUCAGCGCUGUGGUUGUCGUCCACCGUCUCUUUCCCGCCCGAGGUGGAGGUGGAUGUGUUUUCCCGGGAGCUGCAGCCCCGGCUCGCGGAACGGGGUUACAGAGGCCACUACCUGGCACGAGCGUACGGCGAGAACGUACAGGGCCCGCUGGAGGGCGUCGCCCUCUUCUAUCGGACCUCCGUGUUUGAGCUGCUGCAGCAGCGCUCCUUCACCUUUUCUUCAGCGGACACAAACCCGCCCGCACCGCUGCUUCCCCCCGGCCUCUCAUCAUCGGACGGGGAGGAGGAUGUGGAGGCUACACCGGCUACAGCCGAUGCCAUAGCUGCGGACACGGCACCUGCUACAUCUGCUACAGGCAGCACUGCUGCAGCCACAGUCGCAGCUGACUCGGAGGCGGAUUCCGAUUUGGAGGUAUGGGCAGCUACAGCCGAUGGCGGCGUCGCGGCGGUCCGGGCCCGCGCUGUGGAGGAGCUGGGCGCCAUCAUGGCUCUAUUGAAGCACCGACGCACGAAGCGGCGGGUGCUGGCGGCGGUGACGCACUUGUUCUGGAACCCCGCGUACCCGGACGUCAAGGCAUUCCAGGCGGCGGUAUUGUGCGGGGAGAUGGCAGCAUUCCUGAGGCAACACGCCGGCGGCAGUGGUGGCGGUACUGUUAGUGGUGGCCAUGAUGGGGUUUCCCCUGGACCCGCCGGCCCGAGCGACGACGUGUCUGUGGUGCUGGCGGGCGACUUCAACAGCCUCUGCCGCAAGCGAGUGCCCGACGUGUUCGAUCCCAAGAUCCCUCGUGGCCGUGACGGCCUGGUCAGCGGUGUCUACACCCUACUGACCCGCGGGUCACUUUCCCCCCACCACCCCGAUCACCCUGCAUCCCGUCGCCGACCCGGGGAAACGAGCAAUCCGGAUUUCCGAGGAGUGGAGCUCACCACUGCCGGCUUCAAACUGGCCUCAGCUUACUGCCUGGCGAACGGCAGGGACCCGCCCCUCACCACUCGCACCGCCACCUUCGCCGGCUGCCUGGACUACAUAUUCGUGUCGCCACAGCACUUUGAUGUGACUGAGACACUCGGCAUGCCGUACGACAUGCCGUACGGUGCCGUACGUGAUCCGCUGUCGGAUGUGGCGUUUCCGCCCAUCCCCAACGAGGUCUUUCCCUCCGAUCACGUUUCCCUUGUGGCGAUGUUGAGGUUUAAAAGCUAA